AUGGAGAAAAUCAUCUACGACUUCUACUCUGAUCUCUUCGACAGCCAUGUCCACUUGCUUCCUCACCAUCUGAGGGAAGAUGGACAAGUCAUUCCAGAGGUUCUCCCGUCCCGAAUACGACAUGCUAUCAUGUCGGUAAGAAAUCGUCCCGACAGAAUAAGACCAGAACACCUGAAGAGCCUUCCGUCAGUACUCAUCAACACCCUGGCGAGGCUCUUUACACAUUAUCUGUCGGAAUGGAAGGUUCCUAAACAGUGGAAGACCAGCAAGACCGUGUUGUUGUAUAAAAAGGGAGAUCCACAUGACAUCGGCAACUAUCGUUCAAUCUGCCUACUGUCCAAGCUCUUUACAAGAGUAAUCCUUAAUAGGAUUGAAAAGGUCUUGGAUGAAGGACAGCCAUGCGAGCAAGCAGAGUUUCGAAAAGGAUUCAGCACGAUUGACCACAUUCACACUGUUUCGAAACUCAUCGAGGUAUCACGAAAGUACAAGAUGCCGCUCUGUCUCACCUUCAUCGACUUAAAGAAGGCCUUUGACUCAGUUGAGACGGAAGCGGUCGUGGAAGCCUUGGACAACCAAGGCGUCCCUACUCAGCACAUAAAGGUACUUCGAGAGCUGUACAGUAACUUCACGACCGAAUCUCGCCAAAUUUCUACAAGAACAUCAUCAUUGACGUGA